UGCGCAGUGGCGCCGCUGCCCUGAGGGGGGCUGUUUCUCCAGCUGGGCGACUGUUUACAGCUGCGGGGGGGCGGGAGACUCGGCGUGCGGAGGAAAGAAGCGGAGAGGCCUGAAGGGGCGGCGGCGGCAGCUGGCGCUGGAGGAGCAGAAUUGGUUUUUGAAUUUGUUAGCGUGGACAAUGGGAGGUGCUGUGAGCGCAGGAGAGGACAAUGACGAGCUAAUUGAUAACCUGAAAGAGGCUCAGUACAUCCGGACAGAGCUCGUGGAGCAGGCCUUCAGGGCUGUCGACCGGGCAGACUACUACCUGGAGGAGUUUAAGGACAAUGCAUACAAAGACUUGGCGUGGAAGCACGGGAACAUCCACCUUUCUGCUCCCUGCAUUUAUUCGGAGGUCAUGGAAGCCCUGGAUCUGCAGCCUGGGCUUUCCUUCUUGAACCUGGGAAGCGGCACUGGCUAUCUGAGCUCCAUGGUUGGGCUCAUCUUGGGCCCUUUCGGCGUUAACCAUGGCGUAGAGCUUCACUCUGACGUUAUAGAAUAUGCAAAGCAGAAGCUGGACUUCUUCAUCAGAACAAGUGACAGUUUUGACAAGUUUGAAUUCUGCGAGCCUUCCUUUGUCACCGGCAACUGCUUGGAGAUCUCUCCAGACUGCUCUCAAUAUGACCGUGUCUACUGUGGUGCGGGAGUCCAGAAGGAGCAUGAAGAUUACAUGAAGAACUUACUGAAAGUUGGUGGGAUCCUCGUGAUGCCAUUGGAAGAAAAGCUGACAAAGAUAACGCGAACUGGCCCUUUGGCCUGGGAGACGAAGAAGAUCUUAGCUGUUUCCUUUGCUCCUCUGAUCCAGCCCAACCACGCGGAUUCGGGGAAGUCAAAACUUGUUCACUUGCCACCAGUGAUGGUCCGCACGCUUCAGGACCUUGCACGCAUCACCAUCCGCAGCACCAUUAAGAAGCUGAUUCACCAGGAAACGGCAGGCAGGAACGGCAACGGCCUCAGGAACCCGCCGAGGUUUAAGCGAAGGCGCAUCCGCCGCCGCCGCAUGGAAACCAUUGUCUUCUUGGACAAAGAGGUCUUUGCCAGCCGGAUCUCCAACCCCUCCGACGACAACAAUUGCGAGGAGUUGGAGGAGGAGGAGAGCAAGUUGGAAGAGGUGGAAAAAGCUGUCCCUGAACUGAAGCCGGAGCCUCCUAUAAAUGUCCUGAGAGAGAAGGUCUUGAGCCUGCCUCUGCCUGACCCUUUGAAAUAUUACCUGCUUUAUUACAGAGAGAAAUAAAGGUCACUGUCGACAUCAAGCAGAGAGGUAGGCAGGACAAUAAAACAACUCAGUAGGGCUUGA